AUGGUGUUGAUCUGGUCAUAUCUGGAAGUGACCACUAGCGGGCGCUAUAAUGAUAGCAUCCAAGUGUACGCUGCCGGGGCCGUUGAAGCUGCAGUCAGCUCUGAGCUGAUCUAUAAGCACUGGAUGAAGACACUUAUGGGGUACUGCAGUCCAUUUACAUUUGAGUCAGGAUUCUGUCACAGACUGAAGGAUUACAUCACCACCAACCUACAGUGGGUCAGACAGCAGAUAGAGGAGCAUCCACACUGUCCCUACUGGCACCAGGUGUGGUUGGUGUUGCUGCAGCUGAAAGGUCUGAAAGAUGGCUACAAUGAUCAGCUGUCAUUUCCCAGAGGCCCUUUCACUCUCAACCCCUUCGGCUUCCUACUUUUCCAGAUGGGAGGAGGCCUGGUGGAUCUUGAGAAAAACCUAAACAAAUCUAGCCAAUGACGGACACUGGGCUCUGGCUCCUGCUCCGCCCUCAUCAAGCUAUUGCCUGGCAACAAGGAUCUGCUGGUGUCUCAUGAUGCCUGGAACAUUUACCAGGCCAUGCUGCGCAUCUUAAAGAAGUACCAGUUCGCCUACCGUGUCUCUCCUACAGACAGUGAUCCGAUCCCUGGCGGAACCCAGGCCUUCUCCUCCUACCCAGGGUCCAUUUUCUCUGGAGAUGACUUCUACAUCCUUAGCACCGGGCUGGUUACCUUGGAGACAAGCAUCAACAACAGUAACCCCGCCCUCUGGAAAUUUGUUCAACCAACCGGAGCAGUGAUGGAGUGGCUGAGGAACAUCGUAGCCAAUAGGCUGGCUGCAUCCGGCAAGGAGUGGGCAGAGAUUUUCAGCAAACACAACAGGUAUAAUAACCAGUGGAUGAUAGUGGAAUACAGGCAUUUCACACCGGGGAUGACAGAGACCAAGGAGCAGCUGUUUACUGUACUGGAGCAGCUCCCGUAUAAUAACUUUAAGAAUGACCCGUUGUCUUGGUGUGAGGGCUGUGACCCGCCUGCUAAUGGAGAGAACACCAUCUCAGCCCGGUCCGACCUGAACCCGGCUAACGGAACGUAUCCCUUCGGCGCGCUGAAGCAGAAACCACAUGGAGGAACGGAUAUGAAGGUGACGUCCUAUGGGCUGUGGCGUGAGUUUGGCUUCCUGGCAGCGAGUGGACCCACUUGGGACCAGAUACCUGCCUUCCAGUGGAGUUCCUCCCCCUACUCAGACCUGAUGCACAUAGGACAUCCUGACACCUGGGCGUUUGCACCUGUAAAUGUCACCUGGUCUACCUAA